CCCAUAUGACCUUAAAACGGAAGAGGUGGGACAAAGCCUGGCACGUCAUGGGUGUUAUUUUCACUCCAAAUCCCCCGGGACCCUUGAAAGUUCUGCCCCUUAAAAGCUUCUCAAUCAGUUGAAACCUUAAUACAGUGUCUGAAGAAGGGUCUCGACCCGAAACGUCACCUAUCCCUUUUCUCCAGAGAUGCUGUCUGACCCGCUGAGUCACUCCAACCUUUUUGUGACUAACUUCGGUUUAAACCAGCAUCUGUAGUUCGUUGCCACAGAUGCGAGGAGCGGUUAUUUUCAUGUUGCAUUUAAGUGAAAAUCAGUUACAUUGCAACCAAGAAGUGCUUGCAGUGAUGGUGGAUCAACAGCUGAUUGCAGCUUCGAUUCCCUGUGCUGUUAUUGUAUUUCGGAUUCAGGGGGUCAGAAACGAAUCCGAAAGUGAAAUAGCCGGCGGCUCUGAAAGCGGCUGACUAUUUUUCGGAAACGAAACUGAGAUGACGUUUUGUUUGUUUUGUAGCAGCGAGCAGCCUGUGAAAACUCGGAGGGAGGGGGAGUGGCGAUGACGUUCAGAAACUUGGAAGAGGAGAUAAAGCCAAAGGGAAGCGGCCAGAGGGAGCGCAGACGACUGCUAGACGCUGGCAGAGGUGUGUGCAUUGAAGCUCGUGUCCCAGCGAACCAAGGAGAUUGAGGAAUUUGCAAAGAGCGGAGCUCUGGAAAAAGAGACAGAAUAUUCUGCAAUCAGAUUCUCAUCGACUUCUUGUGCAAGGAUUGUGAGGCUUCGGUUGUGAUUUGGCAAGAUGAGACUCCAGUUGAAGUAUUUGACCGGCGAGUCUUUGCAAAUGGAUGUCGACCCUAACAUCCAGGUGUCGGCUCUCAAGGAGAAAAUAUACCAAGCAACCCAGGUGCCAAGUUCCCAACAGCGCCUGAUGGUGCAAAACGGGCAGCAGGUGGAGCUUCGGGACAACAGCCGGCUGAGGGACUACAACCUCCCCCCUGACUCCUCGGUCAUGCUGCUGAUCAGGAAGGAGGAACGCAUGCAGAUAUUCCUCCGCAAUGACAAGGGGAAAAUGACCACGUACGACGUGCUGCCUUCUGAGUCCGUGCGGGAGUUUAAACAAAAAGUACAAAGGCAGGAAGGGGUCACGCCCGACCAACAGCGCCUGACAUUUGGGAGCAAUCAACUGGAAGAUGGCCGGUUGCUCUCAGAUUACAACAUCACGUCUCAGUCCACCAUCCAGCUCCUGCUUCGUCUGCGCGGUGGUUAAUUUGCGCUCGACUGAACUAGAUUAAAACUUAAUUAUAUUUUGAAUUCCUAUUUUCUAAUACUUAAUUUAAAAGAGACUAGAGAUGAGUCGAUUUGUUCAAUGUUCGAUAUUGUUCACUUUGCUUCUUUCUGCUGCCUAUCUGCUUCAUUUGGUUUAGUCUCGAGAUACAGGGGGAAAGCAGGCCCUUCCGCCUACUGAGUGCUUUGACCAACGAUCACUGCACGCUAACGCCAUCCUACACACACUAGGGACAAUUUACAAGUUUACUAAAGCCAAUUAAUUAACCCACAAACCUCUAUGUAUUUGGAACGUGGGUGGAAACCGGAACACCCGGGGAAAACCCGCGCAGGACAUGUGGAGAACGUACAAACCUCAUAUAGACAGCACCCGUAGUCAGGAUCAAACUCAGGUCUCCGGCACUGUAAAUAGCCGCAGAUGAAUGAUCAUCUCGGAUUAAUAAAGCAAGUUGGAUCAGCUGGCCACUUUCCAGCCUUCUCAGCUUGGCCAAAAAUGCAGUUUGUUUAAAUCUGACACAUUCCUUCAUAUCCAACUCCGCACCUUUUGUAGACACAAAAUGCCAGAGUAACUCAGCGGGACAGGCAGCAUCUCUGGAUAGGUGAUAUUUCGGGUCGAGACCCUUCUUCAGACUUCGGUUCAGAGGUGUGCGCUGUAAACCGGCGUGGUCCAGAUGAAUCUGAUUCCUACGAGUUCACAAACCACAUUGGCUUCUCACUUAUUCUAUGGCCAAAGGAUAGCUGAUCUAUCCUCCAAUCUAUAAUGUGAAAUACUUCACCACACACUCUGCAAAUCAUUGCUUCAAAAUUACCGUCUUCAUGUUAGUUUGAGUUCUAAAUGCCUUGCAAUGUAAUGUUGAUGCAAAAUCCAAUCUACUGUGCAACUAAAGCAUUCCACAUUAAUAAAUAUAUAACUGUA